AUGGACGUAGACAAUGAAUUGAACGAUCUAGAUGGGAAACUAUUACAGCAGUUUAGCUCUAUGGGCACCACAGAUCGCGAUGUUUUGAUCGCAGAAUUCCAAAAAUUGCUUGGCAAUCAACUCAAUCCUAGCAGUUGUGCUUUUUUCCUUGAUAUGAACAAUUGGAACUUACAGGCAGCUAUAGGAUCAUAUUAUGAUUUCGAGCAGCCAUCAGUUACCCUGCCUGCUAUGGCGUUUGUUAAAGAUAUCACUAUAGGAGAAGGGGAGGCUAUUCCACCAAAUACACCAUUCGUCAAAACAUGGAGAAUCAAAAAUGGGGGUAAUGAAAGUUGGCCGCCGGGAUGUUCGUUAAGAUUUUGUGGAGGAGAUAAUAUGAGUAGGACAGAUCGGGUUAUGGUCGAUAGACUGUCACCUAAUGAAGAAUCGAAUGUUAGUAUAGAAAUGGUGAGCCCUGGUAAAUCAGGGGUAUAUCAGGGACAGUGGAGAAUGAAUACAUCAACUGGUACAUUAUUUGGAGAAGUGAUACAGGUAGUUAUAAAUGUAGAAGAUGGGGGAUUAUUAGCAGUCACGCAGCAAAUGUCUCGAGUAGGAGAAGAUUUUGUUGAAAUGACCACACCUCUAGACCCCAGUAAUCCAUUUGCCACUCCCGAGAAAAGUCCUGUUGAUGGAGUCAACACAGUAUCUCCUAUUAUUAGUCAAACAGAAUUAUCAUCCAGUCCCCCUGUUUCCAAUGACGCUGCUAGAUGGUUAAUAUUUGCAGUAAGUUUUUCUUUUUAA